AAGAUCUUUUAUUGGCUGGACGAAACAUUAAUAGUGUUAGCUAUUUAGGAAGGUUAAACUAUUGUAUUCAGAACGUUUAUAGUGGGUGAUGACUGAUUUUUUUUGUGUGUAUGUGAAGAAAUAGAGUAAAUCGCUAUUUAGACUAUUUGUUUCAAGAAUAAGCUGGAAAAUUCGUCAUGCAUGACACAGUUGCGUCAUAACACAGUCAGCCAUCUUAUAACCAUCGCCACAUUUCCAGUAGGGGAUAAAAAUGUGUUAGGCAUACACGAACCAGUUAUAGAGAGGCGGUUACGGGAAUUCUCAACCUUCGCCAUGGGAUUUCGCAAGAAGCUCUGGGCGCUUUUCAGAAUAAGCCGGAGGCAGAGAGCACUGGAAUAUAAAGCGGAAGCAUCGGGGUCAAACAAGCAAAGUGGGUCUCAGAGUGAGCAGAGUAAGAGUGAGCAGAGUAAGAGUGAGCAGAGUAAGAGUGAGCAGAGUAAGAGUGAGCAGAGUCAGGGUGAGCAGAGUCAGAGUGAGCAGAAUCGCAGGAUUCCCGGACAAGUAGCACGGCGAUGGUGUGUUCCUCGCCAGCAGGAGAGAGUAGUGAAGGACAGAGUAGAGAAGGUUUACAUGCAGCAACCGUUCGAAUGCGAUGGCCAGGCAGCGGCUGCGAAAUCCGUCGCCGCAGCCACGCCACCGACGUACGCGGAGAGCUUGGCGUCGGGCGAGUCGUCUCCGACACAGUCCUGCACCGACCUUCCUGAGGUCGCCUCGCCUACGGAGUCUAACCAUGUUCAGUUUUGUAACGAGACGAGUCUAAUCCAAUUUGGGACGUACGAGCGGCAGCGAAGGAGGAGAGCUUGCAGGCAAAGAAAGGACAACUUGUCUGGCAUUAAAGUGAAGUACACAAAGGUAUACGGCGAGAACGAUGGGGCCUACAAGAACGACUCCACGCCGCGCGGCCUCGUGUUUAUGUGUAAUUUCUCUCACUUCAUGAAUGACCGAUACGGCCAGCGGAAGGGGUCGGAGGUUGAUUAUUAUUCAAUGCUGGAUCUGUUCCAGCAACUUGGCUACGGAGGCGGCCGCCGGGACGAGAAGUAUUGCCUGACAGGCCACAUUACGAAGAACAGGUUCAUGGAGAGACUGAGAGAUUUCAGCGUUGACAGAAGGCACAAGAUGCUGUGUUCGAGCGUGAUCAUCAUCAUGAGCCACGGAUUGGGUCCCAAGACCUUCGUCACCUCAGACGAUAAACACGUCGAUCUGAUGGAGAUCUAUACGAUGUUCAACAACAUCAACUGCGAGAUACUCCGCGGGAAGCCAAAGAUCUUCAUCCUGCAGUUCUGUAGAAAUAAUUCGUACAUGCCAUCCUCUCAACUCAGGAACAUGCUCCUUUACUGCCCUCCUACUGAGAGCCUGAGACAGAUGGUGCGGGAGGAGCUUCAUAAAAUCCUGGCGGAGCAAGCUGAGGACAAAGCUGAAGCGCCUCCGAGUCCAGGCAUUAGCGAAAACAACAGGCGAUAUUCGGAGCCUGCUCUUGUGGCACCCGAACUACAGGUGCAGAGACCAUACGAGGCCGACACUCGACUGAUAGUACCCCAGCCGGCGUUCGAGGGCGUUCAGAAGUACUCCGACAUGUACUCCAUCUUCUCGACGGCCUCGGGCGAGUUAUCCCACCGAGACCCACACAAGGGCUCGCUCCUGAUCCAGGCCAUUUGCCACGUGUUCGCAGAGAACGCCUACCAGGACGAAAUCGACACCCUCGUCAGGAAGGUGUCGACCUACAUGACCAAGACGCUGCAAAAGGACGAUCCUAUCACCGUGCCUCGGGUAACCUGCGAGAGAACGAACAACGGUCUUGACAAGAAGUUCUAUUUCAACCCUGAGGAAGUGCAUCACUGCAGGCACGUGACCAUUUAAUCAAACGCCGCGACAGAUGAUGUUCAGCUCAUUGUCUACAAUAUGCACCCGACGCUGAGACGACUGUAUGUGAUAAUAAAAUGCGUACAUCACUGUCUACCUAUAAUAUGUAACUCUGGCUGAUACACGUGGUGCAACAUGGUUUUUAAAAUCUAUAACUUAAGUUACCAUAUGUUCUGAUGUUUUUCUAAUGAUAUAUUUACGAAUAUUUAUGAAUUUAUAUAAAUAUUCUAGAUGUAUAUCUUAUUUUGAAUUUAUUUAUGAUUUUGUGAUGACACUAUAGUAAAAUGUGGCUCAAUACUAGACUAAUAUUAACAGCUUGAUGCAAAGCAAUAAAAUCUCAAAUGUGAUCACCAAGGGAAUACAGUACAAACAGAAUGAUAUUCCCUCUCACCGAGCACUUUUACUAACGUGCUUUCUAAAACGUAUCAACCAUUCCCCUGCUGUUUGUAUUUAAUCAAACUAGGUUUCUCUCCCGACACCACCUGCCAGUUACGUCACUCAUUUUCCGGUGUGACUUGAUUCUCCUCGGUGUCAUCUGAUCAACCAGGAGCACCGAUUUACCUUGGGAUCUUCGCUUUGAGAUGUUCUAUGGCAGUGAUUCCCAAACUCCUUUCUUUAACCUCAAAGAAAAUAUUCACAAAUUCGCACAAACUUUAUUCAUUUCACGUAACACAAUAUUCCUUGAAGCUAUGGUUCCAUAACAUAGUCUUCACAUGGAUACUGAAAAAAAACUCCAGGUUUGCGAUUUACAGGUUGGGAUUUUGUGAUAUGAUACUGAGAUUGAAAGUGAAGGUAAAAUUCAGUGAGAUUCACGGUAUGUUUUUUUUUUUUAUAUAUCAGUCUAUAUCAUAUUCAUAACGAUGGCUGUAAAUGAUGAUCGCCAUUCUUAUCAUUAUUUUAAUUACUGUCAUUAAUUUUGCCUUUGUCAGUGUUAAAACCGCCACCGCUAUCAUUACUUUAUAAACAUUGUAAGCUUUAAUAUUAAAAUAACUUUUUA